UAUAUAUAUGUAAAGAAGAUAAAAAAAUGCUUGGCUGUUAACAAAUUGAUAGUUCGUUGUUCGAUGUUGACAUUUCGCGAAAUAUGGUAUACAUUAUAAUCGUUUGAAAUGCACGCCGCGAACGGACGCACGCGUUACGAAUGGUAACGAGGCGAGAACAAGUUACCCUUCUUUUACACAGUAUGGAAUAUAUACUAUAGUGUUUAUAAUCAUUUAUUGGGGAUGUGUAUUAUAGAGAAAAAGAUAUGAAGGGGAAGAGAGAGAGAGAGAGAGAGAGAGAGACGGGGAAGUGGAUUCAGAGUAUCUCGUCGAGUGGAUUCCUCACGUUUUCUUGGCGUCGGUAGGGAAUAACGUAUCUCGCAGAGUAGAACCGAUGUCGAUCGCUUUUCACUGGACCGAUAGAAAAUUCUCUCGCUGUACGACCGCAUAUCGAGUAGAACAAAUUGCAAACCCGAGGUCGCCUGAGGAAAAACUUAUUUAUAAGUUACGCACGAAGGGCGAAGUUCGUGCUCCUGCUCUUUGGAAAAGUGUGAAAUGGAGUAAUCGAAAACGUGAUGAGUAAAAAGCAAUAGAAUCGAAUAAAAUAGAUCGUACGACGUGAUUAUUCAUGACUAUCUAUUGUCAUACGUUUCAUUAUUAAGGAUUAUAACAAAAAUAAUGUAACGUUCGUUGUUUUCAUUUUUUUUUUUUUGUAAGAAUAAAAAGAAAAAAAGAAAAAUUAUUAAAAUUGUCACGGAGAGAAAAACAAUAUUCGAUUAACAAAAAAUUAAGAAUAUUUUGCAUUAUUAUCCGUAAUUGGAUAAUAAUUUUGGUUCGGGGAACAAUUGUUCAACGGAUAGGGUAAUUAAAAUUCGUACCUCGUGUCUUCCUAUCGCACAUUUCCAUUUAUAUAUGUCUAUACGUAUACGUGUAUAUUUAUAUUUACGUCUCUAAGAGAACGUACGAGAUAUUUUUUGCACGUAUACGUACUCGUCAUUCACGAGAUCGUCCGGCACACAAUCGGUCAUGUAGUUGGCCAUUUAAAACGAAUCCGAAUCCUGCUUGCUUCCAACUCGUUCUCUUUACGUUUCUUCUCAUCCUCCACGGCGAACGUAAUACCAUUUUGUUCUUUCGUACGGUCCACGCAGUCAACGAAUUCCACGUCGAACCAUCCGCUUGUUCAACAUCCUGACUGCUGCCAAUAAAAAUGGCUUGGUGACGAUCCAAGCCGAUGAACAAAUGGGCUAUCGGGAUACCUUUUGUUUCUUCACACUCCGAAUAUUCCCCCCAUACCUCUUUUAUACUCUUUUCAUUUUUCUAUCUAAACCUGUCUAAACCUUUGUCUUCCUUUUAUUCUCUUAUAAACGACUACGAAAUCGUUUGAUGUUUUCGAUUGAAAUCUAGCUUUUCACGAUCGGACCGUGUUAAUAUUUGGAAUUUAUUCGAAAAGCGAAAUGCUUCCCUAGGUUAAUUUCAAAUUCUUCUUGCGAAAUUCGGCCCCUUCGAGAAUCGCCCCAUUCGAUACGGAUCAUGAAUUUUGUGCUCACUAAUUCUCGAUAUUCCGUGAACGGGAAGAGAAAUUUUUACUUUCUUUCGAUUGUCGUCUAUCUAAAUGUUUUUUCUUGAAUUUUAAAAGAAUGAGUCAAAAGUAAUUUUUAAUCGAAAUAAACUUGCGAUCUGGUGUUUCUCUUUUUUCUUUUCUUUUUUCUCUUCCCCCCUCCCCUCUCCUCCCUUCCCCCCGUUUAUUCUAUUAAACUCUUGUAGAGUAAUUAGCAAAGUGAUCGUUUGCAUUGCCUCGAAUCAGACUCCGAACCGACGAAUUCCGUUAAAGCGUCGAGGAUUCUCGUUGACGCAUCAACGAACAUCUGUCUAAUACAUAUUCAUAUUUCUGUUAAAUAACGCAAACUAUUCGUAUGUAUGUACAUACUACAUCGAUCGAUCAAACUUCGAUUCUCCCUAUCGUUCGAUAAAUAUCGAAGUUUUUUACUUUUCCUUCGGUUCACUUGGUACGAACUAAAAAUAAUAAUAAUCCAUGUUUUCAAGUGAUUUCAUGGAUCAUUUCGUGUUCUCAUUAUCGUUUAGCAAUUUAUUUAAAUUGUACAGAAUAAAAAGAAUUUGAAUGGGAAAGAAUAGAGGGAGAGGGAAAUGCCAAGUGUAGUGGACGAGUAAGGAGAGGAAAGAAUAAAAUGUAUAGAUAGACGGGUAUGGGGGCAUUUUUGCGGAAGUUAAAAGCGUUAAAUCUUUUAGGGUGAAAUAGGAUUUCUCGUAGGUUUCCUAGACGAUCGAAAAUCGAAGAAGUCGAAUCGUGCAUUAAGCCAUGUGGUAUGCGGUCGAGAGAGUUGGAUCGAGAGAGCUGAUUCCCUAGUGGAGAGACAGAAAGCGAGAAAGAGAUAAAUAGAUAGAUAGAUAGACAGACAGACAGACAGACAGAUAGAUAGAUAGAUAGAGAGACAUAGAGAAAGAGAGAGAGAGAGAGAGAGAGAGAGAGAGAGAGAGAAAGUGAGAGAGAGAAUCGAUAAAGUCAAACUCGAUGGAGUCUCGAUAACUCGCUUAUCGAGGCCGGAUUAUUCGCUUUCAUCGAACGAGGACGGCGUUAUCGCUAUUCGACCGACAAAUCGCCACCGGCUCGAAAGUGCCGGCCAUAUGAUAUAAUUUCUUUAUAGGAUCAAAUUUCAAUAAUGAUCGACAAGAUGAAACUCAUGGGAAUCAUUAAGAAAACUAACGAGAUAUUACGAAGUUGUUAAUAAACGCGAGUGUACAAAACGUGAUUAAGAAGAGAGGACAAAUAUAGACGAGAACAUUUACAGGAAAGCGAAGAAUGAAUCGACGAGAAGUACAAAGCCAUCGAGAGACGUCUAUAGAAAACAACAACGUCGCGUCAACUAGGUGAUCCUUUUUAACGAACGAUGCAUUCUCCAGAUAAAGAAUAGAGUCUGAAUCAUUAUCGAAGACAGGAUGUGUUGCUCGAGUGGUCCUGGUGGUACAAGAUUGACGAGAUGCGGCGUGGUGUGCGGCCUCGCAGCAUUGGCAGCUUUAAGUACUGCGUUGUUGGGUCCAGCUUGGCUUCAUACAGAAGAGAAGAUCCCGUUGUCGUACUUAUCGAAUAACUCACCGAAUUUCGUCAGCGUACGCUUCAAACUCGGCCUCUUCAGGGUCUGUCCGAAAAUCGUAAAGCCCUCCAAUCUUACCAUUCCUAUUUCUACGCCAGGCUGUAGCUAUGUAAGGUACAGCAGUUUGGAGGACGUGAAAUCGCAAGAACUCGGAUUUCAUCAGUUAGAAUUUACUCCGACUGUCGUUUCGAAGAUAAGGAUCUCGGCACCGUUUCAAGUGAUCGCUGUUGUCUUGAUUUUCGCUGGUACUAUCUUCGCACUGAUCGGCCAUUGUUACUCUGAUCAUAGAACAUUGGUAGCCUGUGGUCUUUUUCUACUUGGUGGACUAUUGUUAGGUGGUGGACUGAUAGUACUAGCAUCAGCUCUAUCUGACGCGUCAUUAGAAUUACCUCGGAAAUAUAGUCUACCUUCCACGGCAAAUAUGCAAACAGACGAUAACGGUCUACCUCAAUAUCACUACGGUUGGUGUCUACAACUCUCGGGAUUAGCACUCAUCCUGGCCAAAGUAGCUGCACUUUUAACUAUGUCUGGAUAUAUGGCACGAUUUCCAACAGUCGAAGAUAUGGUGAGAGUUAUGGUACCAGGAGCAGAAAGAAAACUGAGAGAGCAAAGAGGUGUAAGCUCGGAGUACCUCAUCAGAGCACAUCAAAAGUCGCCAGGUCCACCUCAGACUCGUGGAUUUAACCAACCUACUAAAAGUGUACUUGCUCCCCAGAGAGUAGCAGAAGAAGGAACUUCUCUACUGUGUAAGUCAGCCCCUGACAUUUGUGCCUCCAACCCGCAAGCAAUCAGCUAUGUGGAUAAAGCAGAUCUCUCCCACGUUCUUCCAGCUUAUCCAGAUCCAAAGAAUACCGACCCUCGAUACACUUACGUCGAUAAGCCAGAUGCCAAUGUUGUCGACUCACAGUUAAGCGGCUUCGCCGAUAAAGAAGGUCUGAUUGACUCAAGGAUUUUAUCAGAUUCAAGACAAAAUAUGAUUGCAUUUACUGAGAACAAAGAACAAAUUCUUGGUCAAGAACCGCGAUAUACGGAAUUCGCAGCUAGAGCUACAGAACCAAACGUCGUUGAUUCCAGACUCAGUGGUUUCGCCGAGAAAGAAGGUCUUCUUGAUUCUAGGCUCGCAGGAUAUCCCGAGAGGAAUGAAUCAUUACUGGAUACACCUCUUGGCUAUGAUACACGCUACAACAGCUUAGCCGGACAAACUGUACCUAUCACAUUGAAACAUCAGAAUACGUCAGUAUCAGCGAUCCAAUCGCAAUAUAUUUAUCAAAACUUUGGUACGAUACAUUCUGGUAUUUUAAGGGUAUCUGAGCCUGGUACCAGCUCUAGUUCUAAUUCGAGUCAAAGAAGUAUGACUUUGCAGAAUCCGAAACGAAAAUCUCAAAUCGCGCAAAAUACUUUCAGUACGAUGGAAUGUGAGAAGAAAAAACGCGGUUCUGGUUUAGUAGGAAAGGCCGGAUUUUAUGCAGGCAGUGCCGUAUGACCACCACCACCUCCUCCGACCCCAAGGUAACUCCACGAGGAGGAAACGCCGCUUUAGUUCGAAUAAAGAGAAUUGUUCAGCGGCGUUUUUAUCAAACGGGUUGGAGGAAGGGUGUUUUUAAGCGGACAAUGAAUGCAACAUUAGCAUCGGUCGAUAGUGCAGAUCCCUAACCGUUUCCAAUUCAGAUCACUGCCGUAUCACGCGUGAUAAUUUACCCACAGUCGGAUUUACAAGUUCCUGUGAUAAUAUCCCUGUCCAAUAAUACAAGAAAAGAUCAAAAUCUUAUUACUAAUGUUGUGAUAAAAGUUAUCUUGUAAUCAUAAAAAAAUAUCAUACGAAUCGAUGCCAUAACUUGAAUAUACCAAAAUGAUGAACGGUCACUCAACCGCACAUUGGAUCAAAAAUAUGUACAUAAAAUAUUUAUCCUAAAAGUUAGAUAUAUAAGACGUCAAUGUAAGGAGAAAGCAAAAUGGAUCUUCGAUAAAUUUAUAUUAAGCGAGAUGGAUCAUCGAAGUAUCUGACAUUCAUGAAAUUAAUAUUAAUCUAACUACUAAUGAGAAAAGAUGAUCAAAAAGUUACGAUAUGAAGGAAGAAACGCAAUAGUAGUUUGCUUAACAUAGAUGUAGCGUAAGUGUAAAUGAUACACCAUAAGAGAUGGUGAAAUACCAUGUUCUAUUCACUGGCAAAGUUUCACGUGCUAUUUACAACAAAACUCCUCUCUCACGUUGAAAGAAAUAGUUCGUGAUCCUUUGCGAUAUCAGAAGUAUUAAGUCGACUGACUACUCGUAAUCAAAGAAAAACAAGUUGCCCAAUGUUAUAAUCGUUGCAAUCAUUGCUUAAUACGUUCUACGUUAUUAUUCUCAUGAUUUAUCGUUUAUACUUCAGAAUUUAACGAACAUCUAUGGUGUAUUGAAAAUCAUGUGAACCGCGAUUAACGUAAAUACGUAAUUAUUAAAUUUGAUCAUAAUCAAAUCAUAAUUUUCACUCAUGUUUCGAAAGCAUAAUCAACGGAACAAAGUUAUAAGUAAUCGUAAUCGAGAAAGUAAACUUAAGUAAUCGAUACGCUGUAAUAUAUUUGAUGGUCGAUACGAUUUCGUUAAGUUACGUGAUAUGAACACGUAUAAUCGUAUUUAUUAAGAGGAACAUUACGAGUAAUAAAUAAGACUCUCUAUGUUCGACGUGAAAGAAAUUGCCACUGACACGUUUCCAUUAUUAUUAGAAUAUGUGUGUACGUUGGUAUAGCGUUCUUUAACUAAUAAUUAUGGUAACUGAAAUAAAUUUAAAUUAUUGAUUCUAUGAAACGACGAGAUAUUCAACCUUAACAAAACAAAAUUAUAUGAUUCAUAAAAUGACGUACACGCAAUAUAUCAACAGUAAUAUGUUAACAGUAAUAAAUGUAAUUAAAGAGCACGUUACUCAUAUAAUAUUUAUACUUAUUGCGUAUCCGGUCCGUGGCAAAGUCUUUUAUCGUAUUCACCGAUUUCUGACAUAUCAGGGCAAAGGAAAAUGUUUAUGUUACCUAUAAUAAUAAUAAGCUGACUGCCAUUUACUUUCAUCAACUUUAUAUUUAUUUUAUAUCUUUUUCUAUUUUUUCGUUUACUUAGAAAACUUCUCAUCGAGGGAAGAAAUCAAGGAUGCCGAAAAUAUUCGAACAGUUUCGAAAAACGAAAACUGGCAUUAAACGGCAAUUUUUCUUUUUUAAAUUGAACCAUACGUUGUUAUAUAUGUCACUUUGCACUGCAUAUAUUAUUAUAUUAUGAUCGUAGCUGAAUGUAAUAAAAUGUUUCUUUUGUAAAAAUGAAGGCGUCUCCUUUCGUCGUCCAGUACCAUAAAUUACAAAUUAAUAGUU